AUGUAUCUCGGCCUCGAGAAGAAAGUAAUACUGGUGACCGGCGGCACGAAGGGCAUCGGCCGAGCCAUUGUUCGAUCCUUCCUUAAAGAAGGCGCAACAGUGCACUUUUGCUCCCGCACUGCGAAGGACGUCGAAGCCGCCAAUGAGCGGUACGCAAAGGAGCAUCCGGAUGCAAAGGCGAUCGGUGCUGUGGUUGAUGACAAGCUCGGUGAAUGGGUUUCCUCUGUGGCCAAAGAGAGCAGCCGCAUCGAUGUCGUCGUUGCCAAUGUAUCGUCGUUGUCUAUCGAAGACAGUGUUGAGAACUGGCACUCUGCCUUCCAGACCGAUAUCAUGGGUACCUACCACUUGAUUCAGGCCGCCCUGCCACAUCUGGAGAAGACAAAAGGCAACAUCGUCACCAUCUCGUCCGUGAGUGGCCGCGACGUUGACUUCACCGCUCCAGGUCCGUACGGCACCAUGAAAGCCGGCUUGGUCCACUACACUGCCCAGCUGGCGAGGACCUUGGCGCCGAAAGGCGUUCGAGCAAACACGCUUUCUCCAGGCAACAUCUACAUCGAGGAUGGUGUUUGGGGCGAUGUUGAGCGGAACAUGCCGGACUUGUUUUCGUCUCAGAUGGCGGCCAAUCCGAUGGGUCGAAUGGGUAAAGCUGAGGAGAUCGCGGACACGGUCGUAUUCCUUGCGAGCGAGCGCGCGAGCUUCAUCAGCGGCACAAACAUGACUGUUGAUGGUGCGUUGUGUACUGGAGUGCAGUUCUAG